AUGUAUAUUCCCAGAGAACAGGCGUUCUUGCAACGUCCUGCGCCGCCAAUCGCUUUCCCCUCCUAUGACCCUCUCUCCCGUGACACGGAGACAGCUUUCUACUACUAUUCCAGCCGCGUGGUCGGCACAAACGGGACCGCCGACCCAGAAAACGACGCGAGGGCGAUCAUUGUAUCCGCAGCAUUCAUUUCCGUGACCGUGACAUGUCUCAGCAUAUUCGCCCUGUUGUUUGGGGUUGCGCUGUAUAGAAGAUGCACCGGCCGAGACGACCAGUCAGACACGUCGUCGGCAACGUCCGAGUCGGCAUGGCACAUCGACGGAACGGAUGUCGUGGCAGACGACGACGUGGCCAAACGACACCGCCAGCGGCUGAAGAAGCUCGACCAGGUCGCGCCCCGCAAGUCGCUGCAUGACUGGCGCGCCGAGAAGACCACCAGCCAUGUGCAGACGUUCGCAACCGCCUCUCCCAAACUUAUCUGA